AUGAGCAACGGCCUGAUAGGAGAUAGAACAAGUACUAGAAGUAGAAACAAAAAUCUGGAGCCGGGCGACUUUUGGGGUAUGUCGCAGUUUGGCUUCGCGAGUAAAUCAGGAGCAAGAGCAGCUGGAAAUAAGUCGUGGCUCCUCAGUAGAAGUGCACCUGUAUUGAAUAGAGCUGGUGGAAAUGAUGGUCGAGCGGUCACCAGCGCCCGCACUGCAGAGCAGGGGGUCGACGUCCUGCAGGGCGAUUACGACACUAAUAAACUGGAUUAUCUGUAUGCGGAUCCAUCGCCGAACCUGGUCGUCUUGGCCGCCGUGGUGCGAAAAGUUUGUCGGGCCGCCAGCGUCGAGGGCCUGCUGCUAUCCAGCGAAGUGGAAACGCGGGAAGAACAGCAGGUGCUCGAAUUUUGCACCAUCAUCCGCGAAACUUGGACAAAACACGCACGCGUUCUGGGCGGGACUCCCGGAAGUCUAGUUUUACUGAAAGCCUGGCUAGGGGACGACGACGAGGACAGUGGUCUUCAAGAUGCUGAAUUUCAUUUGCAGCCCGAGCACGACGAACAGAGCAAGAAAGCGGAGCUCCCACCUGCAAGCGGCUUUCACCCGCCUGCGCGUCAUCAGCCAGCACUUCUGCGGAGCAAUGGCCUUGGUUUAUUUGCGCCGGGGGGGCCGCGACGUUCUUAUUCUGAC